AUGAAGAUUCUAUUCCUGGCUGUCUUCUUUGUUUUUCUUGCGGUUUCACUAGCCAAACCACAAGUUUCCUUUGGUAAGAAUGGUAGAGGAAAGCACCAUGCAACCACUGCGGCACCAGACGAGUUAUAUGAUUUUACCGAUGUUGUUGAAGAAACUGGACCAGGAAAAUUUUAUGUUGCUAAGAAUGGUGGAGAUGACGACGGAACAGGAUAUCAAAAGUUGAAGAAAGGAGGUGAAGAUGAUGGAGGUUAUGGAGAAGGCGAAGGAGGACCCGGAAAACUUUAUCGAGCCAAGAAAGAUGAUGGUCAAGAAAAGAAAGGAGAUCCACAGUCGAGAGAUGGAGAUGAAGGAGAAGAAGAAGGAUCUGAUAAGAAGGAGAAGAAAGGAAAUCCACUGAAAAGAGAACAUGGAGACGAGGGAGAGGGAUCUGGUAACCAGGAUGGGUCAUCCGAUCAUCCCGAUGAAGAAAAGAAAGGAAAUCCAUUGUCAAAGCAUGGAGAUGGAGGAGAAGGAUCUGGAGGCCAGAAGUUGCUAAAAAAGAGUGAUGGAGAUGAUGGAGGUUAUGGAGAAGGUGGGCCACCAAAGCAUAACAAAAUCUUCCGCAAAGCCGCCUCAGUUGCUCAUUACCACAAGAAUGGAAAAUCCGUAUUCCGUGCGUCCCGUAAUGGACCGCAUCGUGUGAUUGCAACCAAGUGA